AUGUCCCCGCACGUCCACGACACUUUCGACCGUUAUUCUGCGAUGGAACACUGCUAUCACGAUGGAGACCAGUACUAUGAUACUACCGUUCCGAUUUCUACGCAUUACGAUUAUACUCCCUAUCAAACUUAUUCAUAUUACAUUCCCGACAACAUGAUGCUUGCGAUGACAGACGGGCAGGGCGAGCAACAAUUAAUUCAAACACCUGUUCAUGAAUAUCAUCCCCAAGCUUUUGACAACUUCACGUCUUCCUCUAUCCAUUCUGUAUCGUCAGAUUCGUCAUGUCCAACGUCGACUUAUUUCCAUGAUACAGCAGCAUAUCCCAGCAUCCCGACAUAUUCUUCUGACAGAAGACCGUCGUAUCCCUCAAGUUGGGCACAAGACGUCAGAAAUAGCUCCACUCAUGUCGCAGCUGCCCAGUCGUCAGAGUACCGAGCAACGAUAGCGCGUCUCAGCGAUGAUUUUCUCGCAAGCGCGUCGUCGUUGUUUGGAGGAUCCACUUCACGAACUCGCAACACGUCCGCUACAUUGAGUGGACCUGCAACCCCUCAUCAGAGUCCUAUGCAAAACAGCAAUCUUACCCCUGCCAGAAAACGCUCAUCGGAAGCCAUGAAUGAGGAGGUCUUUGUUGAUCAGCAACUUGGCGCUCGUGCAUCCGUCCAAGAUUCAAGAUACCUUCCUCAGCCUCACAUGAUUGUUCCCUCUCAAAAUAGAGUUGGGCGUGAACGUCGCCUUCCUCAGGGUUCAUCGCACAGUGGCGAGUCACAAAGCCUCCUGCGGUCUCCCGCUCGCCCUUUCAGACAGUCGCAUUCACCAGAUCUACUACUAUUACGUGAAGAAGGGCGACCGGCGGCCCAUCAAGCUAACAAGAGGCCCCAUCGGUCCGAGGAGAUCUCCCGCCAUUCUCAGACCAUUUCAAGCGUCCCUGCAACGUGGUCAGCGCCUGUGGAGCCUGUUAUGAAAGUCAGUGCCUCGAGGAAGACUGGUGAGCAGAAGAAGCAAGCCCUUGCUUGCCUAUUUUGCAGAGAAAGAAAAAUAGCUUGUGGCAGACCCCCUGCCCAUAGCCCAGACCAGACCUGCAACCAAUGUGCACGACGUCGGAUGAAAUGCGAGUAUCCCACGGAAUCUCGUCGAGGACAGCAUAAACGCAUUCGCCGUAAACCAACCGAAGAUUGUAUUGGAGCUUCCAAUUCGUCUUCGGCUUCGCACUCAGCACCAAAUACACCACCCGUCAUUGCGUUAACAGCUUGA